ACCUGAAGAACACUUUUGGUUGAGAACUCAGACAGAACCGCUCUCUCAUUUCGACUCAUUUCACGCAAGACUGGUGCCGGUGGACAACAUGCAAGGGGGAAAGACGUCCGCUUUCUCAGUAGAAUCACUCAUUUCCAAGGAAAGUUUUGCUGAAACAAGAAGUGAUGACACUCAUGGAUGUAUGAAACUGCCGCGGUGUUCCUCAGGAGACGAGAUCACUCGAAGUUCGCCUAGUUUUAGCAGCGCCAUAAACAUACCUCGUCCAUUGACCCUGGAAGGUGUUGGUACAGGUCACGCGAGCGCUUUUUCGCAAACUUCUCAGCUCUCUCUAUCGACUGGAAGAUCCUUUAACAUUCAACGCAACACGGAACAUCACCCAGAUGCACAACGCCAUGAUGACGCCACCAGAACUCGUCGCUACAGGACGGCUUUCACUCGCGAGCAGCUCAGCAGACUUGAAAAGGAAUUCCUCCGAGAAAACUAUGUGUCUCGCACCAGGAGGAGUGAGCUUGCGUCUUCACUCAACUUAUCAGAAACAACCAUCAAAAUAUGGUUUCAGAAUCGGCGAAUGAAAUCAAAAAGGCGUCGCAUGGCAUUGGGGCUGAAACCUGUUCAAGCUUUUUGUCCCACAAGACACUUACCUUCUGAUGGACACCUCAGUUCGGGUCAUCUGUAUAAUGGUCUUCAUUAUGUACCUUGGUCGCCAUAUUCACCCGUCAGUAGCCCCCUGUGGCCCCACGGAGUCCACUUCUUGCACUGUGACCCACAUUAUCACCCGUUUUCAGUACCCUCUCCAAGCACUAGCACCGGAUCAAGCUACAGACCACCAACAACCCAGGCUAACUGUUCAUAUGUCUGGAAAACUAACGAAUAGACGACUAAAAAGAACCUAUGCUGUAAAUAUCAUGAUCAAUAUAGGCGAAUGCAGUGAGGUGAUGAAAUGGGUGAGAUGUUUUAUAGAAUGAAAGGAACCCUUCUUACUGAGUCAUACAAAAUCCAGUAUUAUUGUGGUUAUGGUGGAGGGGUAAAAUAGCUCUACAUUAUAUAUUUUAUUUAAUUUGAAAAUCAGCAGAGUAUCGUGUAAAAACAAAUAAUUUCCUUAGAUCACUUCCUCUCAUAGAAUACAACUGAGUAGACAAUAUGAAUUAAUGUUCAUCAUCUUUUGGAAUUACUUUAAAGGGCUCCCCGGCUAUUCUUUCUAUUACAUUUACUUCCUGGUCGAUUUUAGGCCUUCAUUUGUCCUAAAAUAAAUUUGUGCAAACAGAGCCUCAGAAGAAUACUUGGAAUAUACCCCCUAUAUGAAAAUUGGUGACAUAACUUGCAAAUCUAUUUCGUCUCAAGCGUUGGAGGUUUUACUUUUUAAGACAUGUGUUAGCAGGCCAGAAAUAUAAACGUUUUGAUUUUUUACCUUGAUAUCUCAGUUAGCAGAAAGUUUGUAGCUCUAUGGAUAAAAUCAAGUUCUUAAAUCCUAUUUACAUGUAACACGGCCUUGUUUUAUUGAAGGAUAAAAUUGAUUGUUCCCAGCGGGUAAAACAAUCAUGGAAACUCAUUUUUCCAGUCACAGAGCUCAAAUGAUAUGUUGAUUGAAAUUCUGUGCCUCAGAAAUCGCUAAAAUCUCUGCUGGGUCAAACCUUACUUUCCGUUGCUGUUCGGAUCAGUUUGACAUGCGUUCGAUCGAGAAGAUCCCUGAGCUGAAUUACAAAUAAAAUUGAAUUGUAUUAAACGUUAAGACUGACCCUCCUUUAACUGCCUAAAAUCUGUGCAAAAUGUUCCUAGAAAUAGUUUAAACUUGCUCUUUGUACUCUAUUUUCAUGUAAACUGGCUCUAAAAAUCUGUUGCAUUGGGUUUCUGUGAAAGUUAACACGUUUCUACGCUGUUGAUGCAAGUGUGAGUUUUUACGUGCCCACUGCAUCUAUUUUCAGCGUUACAUAUCUUUCACAGUUAAUCGGAGUCUAGCGUUCAUAUUGAUGGGUUCCCGAAUCCUGUACUGGCUGAAUGUUUUUUCCGUCAAAUCCUGCACAAAUGUCAUGAAAUCAUUGUAUUUUUUUUUUAAGAUAAACCCUAAGUUACUUUAAAGUCUCACAGAACUUUACUGGGGUUUAUCAGAACGAAGAAAAUAAAAUUUCAAUAUUCAUGUUGAAACAAAAGAAUGGAAAACAGAAACCUUAGAGUAGGUUUAUAUAUAUUUAGUUUUACAUCAGAUAUUUUCAUGAGGCUAUUUCGGCAAACGCAACAUAAUUUGACUCUCUGUUGUAACAUGUACGUCGCCAUGCACGAUUCCCUUAAAUUUUUUUUUAAUCUGACGUAAAGACGAAAGGCAAACAUAGAGAACCCACGGUUAGUCAUAAAAUCUCAUUGUAUAUGAAAAGAUUCAACAACGCACGCAAAUAUUUGAGCCUUCGUUAAUCAUGAUUAACGGAGAUUAAUUUAAGUUCCCCUGUACAAGUUUGAUUUGAGUUCAACAUGUAUGUAGCCAAAGGGUGAGCGACAUUUUUUUUCUUUAUUAAUUUUAAUGAAAUAAGGAAUCGAAUACGAACUCAAAACUUUUAUCUGGACAUCUUCUAAUGAAUUAUUACAGGUCUUAAAUGAAAUCUAUUAAUAAAUAAUUCAUCUGUUAGUGUGCAAUAAAAAUUGUUAUGAAUGCUA